CGACCGCUCUUUUUUUAAAUCAUUUCUUAAUGUCUGAGUUUUGCACAUAUACAUUAGCCAUGAAGUCAUCGUUUCCUAUCGAGAGCAAUGGCCAAUGAUGAUAUCAAAUAUCAAGAGGAAUAUAUUUCAAAUGCACGAGGAUUGAACCUCUUUACAUGCCGAUGGAGCCCUUCAAACUACGAUCCAAAAGCUCUCAUCUUCCUAUGUCAUGGAUAUGCCAUGGAAUGCAGCAUUUCAAUGAGAGGCACCGGCACACGGCUGGCAAAGGCUGGAUUUGCGGUGCACGGAGUGGACUAUGAAGGCCAUGGAAAGUCUUCAGGACUUCAAGGCUAUAUUAGCAAUCUAAAUGAUGUCGUGGCUGAUUGCUUUACAUACUUUGCAAGUGUUUGUGAGAAAGAGGAGCACAGGAGAAAACGGAAGUUCUUGCUCGGUGAGUCCAUGGGAGGAGCUAUCGCGUUGAUGCUUCACAGGAAGGAACCUACCUUUUGGGAUGGGGCUAUUUUAGUUGCCCCCAUGUGCAAGAUCGUAGAAGAAAUGAAGCCUAGUCCCAUGGUGAUUACAAUCUUAAGCAAGCUCAGCAAUGUAAUCCCUACAUGGAAGAUUAUUCCUAAUGAAGACAUCAUUGAUAGGGCAAUUAAAAGCCAAGAAUGGCGUGAAGAGGUCAGAAACAAUCCUUAUUGCUAUAAAGGAAGGCCUAGGCUAAAGACUGGUUACGAAAUUUUUAUGGCAAGCUUGGAUAUUGAAAGCAAUCUUGAAAAGGUAACCCUGCCAUUCAUUAUAGUCCAUGGUGGUGCUGAUGCUGUGACUGACCCAGCAGUAAGUGAGGCACUAUAUACAUUAGCUGAGAGUAAAGACAAGACACUGAAGCUCUACCCAGGGAUGUGCCAUGCUUUGACUUCCGGUGAACCAGAGAACAACAUUGACAUUGUGUUUUCAGAUAUCAUUCGGUGGCUUGAUGAGAGGGCAUUGGUUCAAAAUGAAUCAUAGCUAAUAUUACAGAGCCUAAAAUGUUAAUAUACUCCCUGUUGCCAAAGCAGUGAGUAUAAGGCGACCCAGAGUAUAUACAUAUUUACAUUAAAUUGUAAAACCAAUAGCUUAGUGCAAGUUUUUUUACAUGUUAGGGCAGAGCAUGGUAGUUUUUUUUGAAGCAUUGGAUAGCAACCUUCUAGUUUUCUUGUUGUAUCUUUUUGGCAGAUUUCGUGUUUAAAUUCACGUUGUACAUGUAAAUAACAAUUCGUAAAAGUUUACUCAUAUUGGGGGCUUUCUCUUCAACAAAUUGUUCACGGUAUGAGAGUCAUGUGUUUUACUAUGGAGAAAUAUGCAGACAUCAUAAGUUUGUCAUAUGAGACCGCACUAGUAGAAAAACGGGCAUUAAAGGUCCCCCCCCCCCCCAAGUGGUUGUGAUGCAGAGGAACAAAGUAGUAUGUAAUGCUGAACAAUAGAGGCAGUUCCACAUGAGUACCUAACUACAGUU